UGGGAAUCCUUAUUUAAGCCAUGAGAAGCAGCUGACCAUAUUUGGUAAGGGCGUUCCUCGCAGCACUGCUACGUCACUGCUGCGUCACGUCCGGUCUUCCCUUUUACUUCCGCUCUCUCGACAUGGCGCCGCUGAAACAGAAGAGGUCCGCUGUGAGGCCAGCUUCAGGCAAGAAGUCCAGAAAAGGAGCUUCGUGGAAGUUCACUCUGGACCUGACCCACCCUGUGGAGGACGGGAUCCUGGACUCUGCAAGCUUUGAAACCUUCCUCAAAGAGAGGAUUAAGGUCAACGGUAAGACGGGGAACCUCGGGAACACCGUGCAGGUAGGCCGCAUGAAGAACAAGAUCAACGUGUCGUCAGAGAAGCAGUUCUCCAAGAGGUAUCUGAAGUACUUGACGAAGAAGUACCUGAAGAAGAACAACCUCCGUGAUUGGCUCAGAGUUGUGGCGUCUGACAAGGAGACGUACGAGCUGCGUUACUUCCAGAUCAGUCAGGACGACGAGGAGGAGUCUGAGGCAGACGAGUGAAGAGUCGAGGCACAGCUGUGUGUGUGUGUGUUUCUGUCCGGAGAAUAAAAACAGAGAAAGAAC